AUGGCUGAGAGGUUAGUGAAGCCGCAGACUUUGAUAGUUCAGGACGAGGCACCGCCCAAAUCGAAUGCUAAUCCACCGGUAUCGGAAGCCGACAUUAAAAAAGAAUUAAGCAUUUCCCCCUCCUGGAAAGAGUAUAUAGAAAAUGCAUCAGAGAUAGACUUAAAUGCCCGGGAAAUUAAGACUCUAAAACGGCCAUCCAAGCCAGCCAAGAAGGGUCAAUUAGUUCGCAACCGUGCUAUUGCAGCAGAAAACCGGAAAUAUGACGAGUUGCUAAAUAAGAUUAAACAGGCCCAAACGGAGGCAGAGGUAGAGGCAAUUGAUAUCAAGAUUGACGAAAACUUGAUUACUCCACCCCGCAAUAAACAGGAAUUAAUUGAUUCUAAAACAACCAGCAAAAAUGAAAUUGCGAAACAAGAGGCGGCAGUUAAGGCUCUGGCAGAUGCCAAAGACCAAGCAAAAAGUAAAGACGCAGACGAAGAAGCCAAAAAACAAGGUCGGGCUGAUGUGGCUUACCACGAAGAACACGAAUGUGGCAGUGAAGGUUCUAAAAAGAUUGCCAUUUACUUCUCUCCAAAUCAAGGUGGAAAUGGGCAUGCCGAUUUAACUUAUGCCGAAAAGAUUAAAGAAAAUGAAUUAACUUUGGAAAAAGAUAAUCAAGGUGAGAUUUAUCAGGAGCAAGAAGAUAACAAUAAUAAGGGAACUGAUUGA